UUUGUUUUCAGUGUGCUGGCACCCCACUCAGAUUAACUGGCCUGCCUGCUGCUGCUGCUUGGACGCGACGCGCCACAGUCAAAUCCACAAACCCACAAAUCCACGCUCGCGUUUUAUAACUUCGCCAUCGCCCCGUCCUCAGCAGCAUGGCCAUGGAUCCCUCCGCCGUCCUUGACUGGGCGCACGCCCUGCCCCUCCCCGUCAAGAUCGUGGGCGCCGUCAUCGGCGUCCCGCUCCUCGUCAUCGUGCUCAACGUCCUGCGGCAGCUUAUCGUCCCCACCGACCCGACGGCACCCCCCGUCGUCUUCCACUACAUCCCAUGGUUCGGCUCGGCGGCGUACUACGGCAUGGACCCGUACAAGUUCAUGUUCGAGUGCCGUGACAAGUACGGAGACGUCUUCACGUUCAUCCUGCUCGGCCGCCGCAUGACCGUCGCCCUCGGGCCCAAGGGCAACAACCUCUCGCUGGGCGGCAAGGUCUCGCACGUUUCCGCCGAGGACGCAUACACGCACCUCACGACCCCGGUCUUCGGCAAGGGCGUCGUCUACGACUGCCCGAACGACAUGCUCAUGCAGCAGAAGAAGUUCAUCAAGCACGGCCUGACGACCGAGGCGCUGCAGUCGUACGCCUCGCUCAUGCCCGCCGAGUGCCACGGCUACUUCAACAACGAGCUCAAGAUCACCAAGGCGAACCCUGGGCCGAAGACGGUCGACGUGCUGCACGUCAUGGCCGAGCUCAUUGUCCUCACCGCGUCGCGCACGCUGCAGGGCAAGGAGGUGCGCGAGAACAUGAGCAUCCGCUUCGCCAAGCUCCUCGAGGACCUCGACAAGGGCUUCACCCCGCUCAACUUCAUGUUCCCUAACUUGCCCCUCCCGUCGUACCGCCGCCGCGACCUCGCCCAGAAGGAGAUGUCCGACUUUUACAUGAGCAUCAUGGCCAAGCGCCGCACCGGCGAGCACGACCACGAGCCCGACAUGAUCCAGGCCCUCCAGGGGUCGGUGUACCGCAACGGCACCCCUCUGAGUGACCGUGACAUUGCGCACAUGAUGAUCGCCCUCACCAUGGCUGGCCAGCACACAUCAUCCGCCACCUCCUCUUGGUUCCUGCUGCACCUCGCGCACGACCAGGACAUCCAGAAGCGUCUAUACGAGGAGCAGGUCGAGUACUUUGGCAACCCCGACGGAACCUUCCGCCCGAUGACAUACGAGGACACGAAGAAGCUGCCGCUGAUGGACUCGUGCAUCCGCGAGACCCUGCGCCUGCACGCCCCCAUCCACUCCAUCUACCGCAAGGUGCUGCAGCCGAUCGUGGUGCCGCAGUCGCUGGCCGCGCCGUCCGAGGACAAGGCGUACGUGAUCCCCAAGGGCAACUUCAUCGUCGCCGCGCCCGGUGUGUCCCAGAUGGACCCGAAGAUCUGGGACGACGCGCCGCGCUGGAACCCCCUGCGCUGGCUCGUCGACGGGGGCAUCGCCAAGACCGCCAACGAGCAGUACCAGGCCGGCGAGAAGGUCGACUACGGCUUCGGCGCCGUCUCCAAGGGCACCGAGUCGCCGUACCAGCCCUUCGGCGCCGGCCGCCACCGCUGCAUCGGCGAGCAGUUCGCAUACCUCCAGCUCACGCUUGUCGUCGGCGAGGUCGUGCGCAACUACAAGCUCACGGCCGCCCAGAGGGAGUUCCCCAAGACCAACUACCAGACCAUGAUCGUCCUCCCGCUCGACCCCAAGAUCACCUUUGAGGCACGGGUUUAAUAGACUAGCCAGAGUAUAGAGCGUGCGCGCGUUGCGUGCGCGGUGUGAUGAAUAGGUGUGAUGGGUGG